GGCUCUAGCUUUUCUGCACAUGCGUGUUGGGUUACAAAGGGUUGUGGUGAAUGGCGGAUUCUCCUUCGGUCUUGCUGUAGAGGUGUGGUUUAUUAGGAGAUAUUCCCUUUCAAAACGUUACCCAAGGUGUAAGGUUAGAUCCCUCAUAGGCCACGCUUCAAGCUUUCAAAAUAUGGAUGUCCUUAAGAAAAAGGUUGUGCAGACUCGCCAAGAGAUUGAGAAGGCAGAGAACAAAGAAAGGUACAUCCGCAAACUUCUAAGGCUCACCUCAGAAAGAGCAACUUUGGCUGAAAUGGAAGCUGAUGGAUUGAAGAAUCGCAUAAAAGAAAUGGAAAAGCAGAUUGAAAGAGUCAAUGCAAGAACGGAGCGCCUUGGACAAGGUUUGACUGCCAAAGAAUCAGAAGCAGAUGAUAGCGAGAAGGAUAGAAAAGCCAUGGAAGGAAAGGAGUAUGACCACAGUGACCAGAUUGCUCUUCUGGAGACGAGAUGCGCAGAUAUGAUGAGGCUGGUGGAUGAGAAAGAGAUCAGACUGGAAGAGGCGAAGUUUAGGCGGAAUGAGGCAAGAGCAGGUCUGGUGGAGGCCCUUAAACGAGGAAAUGCAGGAGAGCAAAAAAUAGCUGAGCUGGAACAAGAGAUUGAGAGGCUCUGCUUUGAACAGUACAAGCUAGAAAAGAAAGGAGAGCUGCUGUACAAGAGAAAGGAUUACUUUGAGUCCAAGAUUGAAGAUUUGCAAGAGAGAUAUAGAAAUGCUAUUAUACGCGGUGACAAUGAUCUCGGUGAAUCCAAGCUACUUGAGAAGCAAAAAGACAGGCUUUAUAAUGAACUUGUUCGACAAAAGAAAAGAGUAGCCUUCCUAAGCAGAGAACUGGAAGAUGCUUUAGCAGACCUAAACCAGAAGUACAGUGGCUGAUGGGUGUGCAGUGUGCUGAUGACAUUCGCACACUGUUUGGAGGAAUCCUGUCCCAUCAUGGAAUUGAUGGACAUUUGGGCAUUGAAAGUGAUCACUGCUUAAAACUGAAUACUUAGGAUUUUAAUAUAAUUAUGUUUUCCUCAUUGUGUGGAAAAAUUCAGUUAAUUGGGCUUCCGUAAAAUAAGUGUGGUCUUUAACAAGUACUGAACAUAAACCAUAUUAGAUAUAGAUUAUGUAAUAAGAUGUGACAUUGCUACCAAACUUAUUACAGACUGUGCAGUUUAGUGGGAUGCCUAAGCAGACUUAUAGUUAUUAACACCUUUAAAGUUUUUGUUUUUUCACGUUUUUCUCUAUAUCUAUACACAUUCUGGACAAGUUGAUGAACUCUUUAUGAUCUGGAGGUUGUCUGCUUACUACAAGUAAAAGUCACACAAAAAAAUUUGGGUGACAAAAUAAGGCAGUAUUUCUUUAAUCAAUUUUCAAACAUGGCUCUGAAUAUCAGAAUGAAGAUAUUAAGAAACCGAAUAAAAGAUAAGAAUGGCUGCCUUUAUUGUGGAAAUACUAUGAAUGCAAAUAAACAUGUAGGUAAUUUGUUUCAUUCUAACUUAUUUCUUGAUUGUAAUAAAAUCUGAUUAUCUCUAUGUCGAACCUAAUAAGUAAAAGAAUGUUUCAAUUAAAGAUCCCAGAUA